AUGGCUUCCCUCUCCGAAGUCUUUUCUCGUCUUCUCUCGCCGUCUCUAAAACCUAUUUUCACUACACCAUCUCACGAUGACGUCACCACCACCAACCGCGUGACGUACCCUUCUUUAGCAAACGCGAACCUCCUCUUCUUCAAGUCAAGAAACUACAACGUGGAGGUGGUGCCGAAAGACAACGAGUCAGAGGAGCAGCUGGUUAACGAGUUCAAGAGGUCUGUGUUCAGAGCGGGGGUGUUGCAGGAGACGAGGAGGAGAAGGUUCUUCGAGAGCUCUCAGGAGAAGAGGAAGCGUAAGACCAAAGAAGCUGCCAAGAAGUAUCGUAAGAGGAGGCCAAACCCUAAACCUAAACAGUAUUCAGCUCAGGAAGGGCCUAAGAAGAGGAGAGAAGUUGAAGAGGAGGAGGAUGAUAAUUGGGAGCUUCCUCCUGAGGAAAUUGAGAUUCCGUAUACCGAUCGGUUUUAGAGAUUAAACCGGGGUUUGAUUCCGGUUUAAAUUAAGUGAAUAAUAUUGACUGUUUUGUAGGUUUGUUUUGCACUCUCUAGAGAUGUUUUGUAGCUUGACUUGUCUUAUGUAAUGCUGAACCUGUAAGGAUAAAGCC